UAUCGUAAACCACAGAAAUACCGUAAAACCUAUGAUAACCAGCCAAAUAACAUCAGUAAUAAUAAUGUAACAACAACAACCCAUUCAAGACCAACAACUGCAACUGCAACAGCCACAGCAGAUCAACAAUACCAAUAUUUAAACCCUACCACAGACAGCAAUCGAUGUAGCAGCCAUAGAGAUGAUGGCUCCCCCCUCCGUCAUAAUGAUGAUUCCCUAGAUAUAAUACCCGUAGAGCUGCAGCAGCAGCAGCAUUACAACAACAACUAUUACUACUACUACAACUACAAUCUGAGCUAUGUCCCCGAGGACUGUGCCCCGGGCGGCAGCCGGCGCCCGAGUCGCCUCCAACAGCUGAAGCGUCGCACGCAGCACGAGCUGCAGCAGUGGCCGAUGCUCAUGCAGCUGCUGCUGCUGGUCCUCUGGCUGAACGCCCGCUUCUGGCGGAUCGUCGACGAGCAGGUGACGUACCGGAGGAGGCGAUGGCAUUAAUGUGGGCCAGAGAGAUCGAAGGAGCAGAGCGAAGAAGAACAGGAGGCGACGCAGGAUGCCACGCAAUUCGGUGCUGAUAAUGGUGUUGCUUGGUAUGAGAUCGAUCUAAGCUUAAGUUGAAUCAAAAAUUAUGCCCAAACUCUCUUUCAAAACUCAUCUCAAUAAAAUUAAUCAAAACUUAGGCUGCAAAAUAUA